AUGUCGCCUAUAGACAAAGAUUUGCAUCCUGUCAUUCAUAGUGGUAGGGUUGCCGUCGUCACCGGUGCCGCGAGUGGGAUCGGAGCCGCUGCUGCCAGGGAGUUCGCAAAGUUGGGCCUGAAAGUCGCGAUCGCAGACUGGGACGAAGAGAACCUCCAGAAAGUGGCGAAGGAGCUCGUGGCGCAGCUCGGAGAGGCGAACGUGAUCGCCGUGCGGACCGACGUCAGCAAACUCGAGGACGUCGUCAGCCUCAAGGAUCGCGUCUAUGAGGCUUGGGGCGAGGUCGCCGUGUUGUUGAACAACGCGGCUAUCGGUGGGAAGACGGGUUCGUGGGAGGGCUUGGAGGCGUGGAGGAAGAUUAUGGACGUUAAUCUUUUUGGCGUCCUGAACGUCCAACACACAUUCGUACCCGCUAUGCUUCACCAGGAGAACCAAUCCGCGAUCAUCAACACGGGUUCGAAGCAGGGUAUCACGAACCCUCCUGGCAGCGGACCAGCGUAUAACGCCUCCAAGGCCGCGAUCAAGUCUAUCACUGAAAGUCUCGCGCAUGAGUUGCGUCAGCGGCCUGCUGUGAACUUGACGGCGCAUUUGUUCAUCCCCGGCUGGACCUUCACAGGCCUCGGCGGCGCCCGCGACCCUUCCAUCUCAAAACCGCCCGGCGCGUGGACGGCGACGGAGACGGUGCUGUAUAUGCUUGACCGGGUGCGGCUUGGAGACUUUUAUAUUUUGUGUCCGGAUAAUGAGACGAGGAGGGACGUCGAUAACCUCCGGAUCCUCUGGGGCGCGGGCGAUAUCACGGAAGGACGGCCAGCGCUUAGUCGGUGGCAUCCGAAUUAUAAGUCUUUGUUUGAGGAUUAUAUGAAGGAGGGGUUGGCGGAUUUGGAUCAGUGA